AUGGCCUCCUCCUGUCCGACUUCCGGUGGGAGAAGACGUCGGUGUGUGUUGUCUCAUCGGUGAAUGCAUCACCGGCAAUCUGUUUAAGUACAUAUCUCCGUUCGAAGCCCUGCGUAGGCUGUCUCCGUUUCUGCUCAACCCCUCGCUUCUUGGCUGUGAAUGCAGGAACGUCUCUUAGAAGUAAAGCAGAUCGAUCCUUGAGCCAUGGCAGAACUGGAGCAUCCCGAAUUUGAGAGUGGAGAUGCAGGAGCUUCAGAGACCUUCCCAAUGCAAUGCUCUGCUCUCCGCAAGAACGGUUUUGUCAUGCUCAAGGGUCGUCCCUGCAAGAUAGUGGAAAUGUCCACCUCCAAAACAGGGAAGCACGGUCAUGCUAAAGUCCAUCUUGUUGGUCUGGAUCUGUUCACCAGUAAGAAGUAUGAAGAUAUCUGCCCUUCCACCCAUAACAUGGAAGUGCCAGUUGUCAAGCGAUCUGACUUCCAAUUGAUAAAUGUGUCUGAUGACCAUUUCCUGUCCCUCAUGGAUGAAAAUGGAGAUGUUCGUGAGGAUUUGAAGCUGCCAGAAGGUGAAUUGGGUGGUCAAAUCAAGAGUGACUUUGACUCUGGACGUGAACUUCUAUGCACUGUGCUGAAGGCAGUAGGUGAAGAGCAGGUUAUAGCUGUCAAGACAAAUGUGGCAGCUGAGAAAUGUGCAAAAACUUCUGAACUUCAAAGGGAGGGGAGAAUCAACCUGCACAUUAUCAUCCAGUACCAAGUUUCUACUGCCAUGACAGACCAACAGUUGGAUUGUGCCUUGGAUCUGAUGAGGCGACUCCCGCCUCAGCAGAUAGAAAAGAAUUUGAGCGAUCUCAUAGACUUGGUGCCAAGUCUCUGUGAAGACUUACUAUCCUCUGUGGACCAGCCUCUGAAGAUUGCUCGGGACAAGCAGGUUGGCAAGGAGUAUCUUCUGUGUGACUACAAUCGAGAUGGGGACUCCUAUCGGUCGCCAUGGAGCAACACAUAUGAUCCACCACUGGAAGAUGGAGCCAUGCCUUCAGAACGAAUACGCAAGCUGGAACUGGAGGCCAAUGCUGCAUUUGACCAGUACAGGGAAAUGUAUUUUGAAGGUGGUGUGUCCUCAGUUUAUAUGUGGGACCUAGAACAUGGCUUUGCAGGAGUCAUAUUGAUCAAGAAGGCAGGAGAUGGAAGCAAGAAAAUCAAAGGGUGCUGGGAUUCUAUUCAUGUUGUGGAAGUGCAAGAGAAGAGCCCUGGUCGAACAGCACAUUACAAGCUCACCUCCACUGCCAUGCUCUGGUUGCAGACACAUCGGCAUUCCUCUGGACUGAUGAAUUUGGGAGGUUCUCUGACUCGACAGAGUGAACAAGACUGUUCAGUGAGUGAGGCUUCUCCACACAUUGCCAACAUCGGGCGCAUGGUGGAGAAUAUGGAGAACAAGAUUCGCUCCACAUUGAAUGAGAUUUAUUUCAGCAAGACCAAGGAUAUUGUGAAUGGUUUGAGAUCAGUGCAGUCUCUGUCAGAUCAGCGUAAGCAGGAGGCCCUUCGGUCUGACAUUGCACAUGCCAUUCAGAAGCGACAAAAUAGCAAAGAUGACCUUUGAACUCAUUGGCAUACAUUAGCUAUGGAUUUUGGUUAUGCAGGGAAACUAAUGCUCUACUUCUGCUUCCACUGGCAUGGAAGAGUGUGUGCUUAUAAGCAAUAAGGAAGUGGAUAUGAAGAGCUGAGGCUUAUGAUAGCACUUGAGUGGUUGAAAAUCUUCUCAAGUCAUGCUGAGACAGAGCUGUAUUAUCAUUCCCAAUCCUGUUGACCCAUUUGCAUCUCUUGCCCUGUGCUCGAAAAUCGUGUGUUGAUUUUUUGUGAUAAUCGUUGAUAAUUAUCAUGUUGAACUUUUGAUCAUAACCUCCCUCCAUCUUUUAUUUCAUUUACCCUUUAUAUGUAUCACCUUAUACCAAAGGCUACUCCAGUUGCAAGAUGAAGAUUAUCAACCAUGUGAGGAGCCUGUAAAAGGCUUGCUGGUGAGAGAAAAACUAAUGAAGAUUACUUCUUUUGGGAAGUCUUUGGAUAGUGUUUUUUUGCCCAUUGUGUAAUGGAAAGAGCCUGUUGAUAACAUGAAUGGAAAAAAAUAAAUACCAUAUUUUUCACAAAAAA